AUGUGGGUAUUGACUGCCGUGGUAUUCGUCUUUGUUCUAUUACGGGUUUAUACCAGAGUUGUUGUUGUCGAAUCAUUUGGCACUGAUGAUCAUGUCUACAAUUUGGCAUUUGUCUUUCUCCUUUUCUAUACUAUCUUCACGACUGUCUCGGCCCAUUAUGGCUUUGGUCAGAAUGUUACUGAUAUCGUGGCUCGAAAUCCUGACGACUUGCCCUUUGCUAUCCUCUUCGAGGCUAUCGGCCAGACCUUUGCCGUUGUUGGGAUGGCAGUUGCAAAGUGGUCUCUCGGGUUGUUUCUGCUUCGAAUAGUGAAAGAACGAUUGCAUAAGAUUGCGAUCUGGAUUUCCAUGGGAUGCCUUGCCGGCGCAUCGAUAUCGACUUGCUUCGUCUUUUGGUUGCAAUGCACACCUCCGAAGUAUUUGUGGGAUCGGCGCAUUCCUGGAAAGUGUACAGUUAAUUCGACACCAGUUUCGAUGAUCCUCUGCAUCCUCUGCGUGAUUGUUGACUUCUUCUUUGCAGGUUUUCCCUGGCUCUUUAUCUGGGGCCUGCAGAUGAAUAAACGAGAAAAGGUGGUUAUCCUAUGCAGUCUUAGUCUUGGUGUGAUUGCUGGAGCUUGUGGUAUUAAGCGCACUCUAGAGGUUCCUGAGCUGUCAAGCCCCAACUACUCAAAGGAUACUGUUGGCCUUAUCGUCUGGUCGGCGGCCGAGAUAGCCGUAACCAUGAUCUGUAUUGGCAUCCCUGUCUGCCGCCCCCUAUAUAAACGAUACCUCGAUAGAUGGACAUCCCGAGAUGGCAGCAAGUACCGCGAGCAUAGCGCUGGCGGAUCGCAUCCUCUACAGACUAUCGGCGGAAGUACACUGAAUCCAAACACACCGGACAAGAACAACAGCAUAUCCGAGGGCUACGACAAGGAAGAAUGUGAGAGGAGGAUUGCCGUGAAGGGCCCAUUUACCAAAACGAGGGUUUACUCAAAAGGCAUCCACAGGCUUCCAGAUGAUAACCAGAGCGAUGAAGAGAUCUUGGGACCUGAUUUCCGAAGAAACCAGCAAAUGGACCUCCACGGUCAGGAAGGGGGCAUUCGAGUGACAUAUGAAGUGACGACUACAAGGCAGGGUAUAUAG